CGGGAAAAGACCAUGGAAUGACAUCUCUUCUCUUGAACUCUUGUCCUAACUACUAACUAACUCAUUGCACAACAACCCCAACUUUCAAGUUUAUAUUUUGGAUCUUCUCUUUGUUUUUUCUUUUUCUUAAUCCGUUUUUAAUGAUAUGGCCAGGGUAUGGUUCUUCUCGUAACGACUCCGACCAUCCUCUCCGCGCUCGAGGCGGUUCCGUCCGCAUGUCGCGAGACUCUCGACCUCCCCAAGUCUCCUGCGCUGGAUGGUCCCAUAUCCCAUGAACAGCUGAUUGCGCUGGCGCGUUGGUAUACACGCGGAGAUGGAGAGCAGAUGCCAAAGACUACCCGAGAGGAGGAAGAGGAGGACAAGAAAGAAGGGAGCAAUGCGGAGGAGGAUGGAAAGCCUCUGAGCUCGCAGGAGCAAGGAAGAUUCAACUUCAACCCUGCAGCAGCUUAUACGCUCAAUUCCCUUCUUCGCGGGACUAAAAUCUAUAUCCCACCUCCACCACCGAAGCCAGCACCGAGUCCCGAAUACCUCGCUCUCAAAGCCCGUCUCCAAGCCGCCGCAGAAGCCGAUGCUUAUAACCGCAUGCUAUAUUCCACAUCUUCAAAAACACCUCAACCUGACCCCAUCUUUUCCUCUUCAAACGUCACCGCUCUCCAAGACAACACCUCUACAAACGCCGAUUACGAUCCCCUCACACCUUCCCUCGUCCUUAACAUCUUCCUCUCCAUCCUCCUUACCGGCUUCAGCUCAUACUGGGCACUGAGCAAUUACCGCACUCCGGGUUUUUUAACCUUUGCUACGAAACGAGGUUCGGGCUUUGCAUCAGGUGUGGGCACGGCAUCGCAGCCUGUUCGGGUUUUGGUCUCUUUGUUCGCAGGGCUGUUUAUUGGAAUUGCGGAAGUGGUGUUAUACGCGAUUUAUCUGCGAAAAGUAGAUGAUGCGCGGAAACGAGAGAGGAAAGUCCAGGAGAAGAAGGAAUUGGUCGGUCCUGUUGAAGAGGGGGGGGAACCACAGCCGGAGAAGAUAGUGGAUGUUGGAAGUCAGAUGGAGAAGGAGGAGAUCUGGGGAAGAGGCGUGAAUGGUGGAAUGAGAAGAAGGGUGAGAGAAAGAUGGGAAGAGAGAGAAAAGGAUAAGGAGAAGGAUUCAGAUGAGCAGAGAGUUGAGUGAUUGUGCUUUUUGUAGAUUACUAUGUAUGCUUUAGCCUUCUUUUUCUGUAGAGAAUAGACAGCAUUUUCCCUACUUCAG